AAGAUUCGCCCAACAGAAAAAUUAGAUUUAAAAAAGAAGUUGAAAUCAUACCCACAUCACCCAGGAAAACAAGUUUCUUAAGCAUUUUCGAUAGAAAAGAUAAAAGAGACGCUGCUGGUCGGGGACGACGGGGAAGCACGCAUCCAUCUAAGAAACGAGAAGAAGACGAACAUAAAAGUUCAUGCUGU